AAAGAAAGAGGAAAAUAAAUAAAAUCCAAGUCUUACCCGAGUCCCCCUUUUCUGUCUUUCCCGAUCCGCCGGCGAUCCACCACCCACCGCCGCCCCGCCAUGCCGGCGUUCAAGGCCCCGGCGCCGGGCUUCGCCGUCCGCUUCAGCCCGUUCCACGAGAACCGCCUCCUUGCCGCGGCGUCGCAGCACUUCGGCCUCGUCGGCAACGGCCACCUCAUCGUCCUCGACCUCGCCGCCGCGGGGCCCGGCGCCGCCCCGACCCCGGUCUUCUCCUUCCCGACCUCCGACGCGCUCUUCGACUGCGCCUGGUCCGAGUCCCACGAGUCCCUCUGCGCCGCCGCGUCCGGGGACGGCUCCGUGCGCCUCUUCGACGCCGCGCUCCCGCCGGCGCAGAACCCCGUGCGCCUCCUCCGGGAGCACGCGCGCGAGGUCCACGGCCUCGACUGGAACCCCGUCCGCCGGGACGCCUUCGUCUCCGCCUCCUGGGACGACACGCUCAAGCUCUGGUCCCCCGACCGCCCGGCCUCCGUCCGCACCUUCCGCGGCCACGAGUACUGCGUCUACGCCGCCGCCUGGUCCGCGCGCCACCCGGACGUCUUCGCCUCCGCCUCCGGCGACCGCACCGCGCGGGUCUGGGACGUGCGCGACCCGGCGCCCACACUCAUCCUGCCCGCGCACGACCACGAGGUGCUCUCGCUCGACUGGGACAAGUACGACCCCUCCAUCCUCGCCACCGCCUCCGUCGACAAGUCCAUCCGCGUCUGGGACGUGCGCGCGCCGCGGGCGCCCGUCACGCAGCUCGCCGGCCACGGCUACGCUGUCAAGCGCGUCCGCUUCUCGCCGCACCGACAAGGCAUGCUCAUGUCCUGCUCCUACGACAUGACCGUCUGCAUGUGGGACUACCGCGCCGAGGACGCGCUGCUCGCCAGGUACAACCACCACACCGAGUUCGUCGCCGGCAUUGACAUGAGCGUGCUUGUCGACGGGCUGCUUGCCAGCACCGGCUGGGAUGAGAUGGUCUACAUCUGGCCCUUUGGGACCGAUCCCAGAGCCAUGUAGCAAAGCAAAUCCAAUUCAAUAGACCAGGGUAAAUACUGUAUGGAAGAGGAUCAGACGGCAUGCAUGGGUUGAAGGAUAUGAGAAAUGAUAUAUAGCAAGGGACAGACUGCGACACAGCCUUGAGGAGGAAAUUCGUUGCGACUUGUGAGCAAGAAAAUGGUAUGUUUAUCAAGUGCUCGUAACAUAUUUGUUCUAACAACAUGGAGACCCAGCAACCAAAGAUAUGAAAGCUCAAUUAAUCAAAUCAAUAUGGACUCAGAA